AUGGCCCUGUUGCUGAGCAAAGCAAAUGUCAAUGUUUGUGUUAUCAGUGCUGAUGCUCACAUGAUGUUAGAUUUGCAGAUAGUGCUCAAUCUUGCCGAAUCAGACAUGAUGCUGCCUGUACAGAAGGUAUGGGUGAUGACAGCCCAUUGGGAUUUUUCAGUGGAGCCCUUCUUAAAUAAUUUAAAUAUGCACAUUUUCCAUGGUGCCUUGUCCUUUGCAAGUCACACCUCAGAGAUGUCAGCAUUUCAGCAUUUCCUUCUCUUCCAAGACCCCCAUUCUCUUACAGAUCAUUUUAUCAGAGUCUUCUGGGAACAAGCAUUUAAAUGUUCAUUUCCAGCUUCUGCAACGGACAAGAACCAUGGAAGUUGUACUGGCAAUGAGAGUCUAGAAAGCCUUCCACGGCCUUUUUUCGAAAUGAGCAUGACUAGUCAGAGCUACAGUGUUUAUAAUGCUGUCUAUGCUGUGGUGCUUGCUUUGCAUGCCUUUUAUUCAUCCAGAAGUAAACAUGAAGCUGUGUUGAUGGAAGAUCACCCAAGCACUUCAAAAUUACAGUAUUUUCAGCUUUAUCAUUUCCUAAGUCAAAUUUCCUUUAACAAUAGUGCUGGAGACAAAGUGUCUUUUGACAAAAAGCAUGAAUUGCUGGCUGGAUUUGACAUUAUCAACUGGGUUACUUUCCCUAAAAAAUCAUUCAUGAAAGUGAAAGUGGGACAGAUGGAUCCUGAAGCACCAUCAAGCAGAAGGUUCAUCAUCAAUGAAAGAAAAAUCACAUGGCAGAACCAUUUUAAACAGACUAUACCUCUUGCUCUGUGCAAUGAUCAUUGCCGACCAGGUUUCAGAAAGAAAAGGAAGGAAGGGAAGCCAUUUUGCUGCUAUGAUUGUAAUACUUGUCCAUCAAGAAAGUUUUCAAAUGAAAGUGAUAUGGAUGACUGCUUAGACUGUCCAGAAGAACAGUAUCCAAACAAGGAAAAAACCUUGUGCAUUCCAAAGGAUCUAAAUCUCUUGUCUUACAAUGAAACUUUGGGCAUCACUUUGACUGUUCUGGCUCUAUCAUUUUCUGUGACCACAGCAGUGGUACCUGGAUUUUUCAUGAAACAUUGGAAUACUCCCAUUGUCAAAGCUAACAACCGGAAUCUCACUUAUCUUCUCCUUGUCUCCCUCUUCCUCUGCUUCCUCUGUUCCUUGCUAUUCAUUGGUCAGCCCCAAUUGCUGACCUGUCUUCUUUGUCAAAUUGCUUUUGGGAUCAUCUUCUCAGUUGCUGUCUCUUCAGUUUUAGCCAAAACCCUCACAGUGGUUCUAGCCUUUAUGGAUACUAAGCCAGGAUCAAAAAUGAGAAAAUGGGUGGGGAAAAGAUUUUCAAAUUCUCCAAUUCUCUGUUGUUCCUGCAUUCAAGCAAUUAUUUGCAUAUUGUGGCUGUGCACUGGCCCUCCGUCCCCAAAUUUGGACUUGCAUUCUCUUCUGGGAGAGAUUGUAGUUGAAUGCAAUGAAGGAUCAGGCAACAUGUUCUAUUAUAUUUUAGGGUAUAUGGGAUUUUUGGCUCUCAUCACCUACAUUAUGGCUUUCUUUGCUCGAAAACUUCCAGACUCUUUUAAUGAAGCCAAAUUUAUUGCUUUCAGCAUGCUGGCAUUUUGUAGUGUAUGGGUGACUUUUGUCCCAACUUAUCUGAGCACGAAAGGAAAAUACAUGGUAGCUGUGGAGAUCUUCCCCAUCUUGGCUUCCAGUAUAGGAAUAUUGGGAUCUAUCUUUUUCUCUAAAUGCUACAUAAUCUUACUGAGACCAGAACUCAACACAAAGGACCAGCUAAAAAAAAAAUAA